AGAAAAAAACUCAAAAUUUAAUUUUUUUUGAAAAAAAGUUUAUGGGGUUUUUUAUUUUCAACUCAUGGCAACACUGAACGCUUGAUAAAUCGACGUAGGUGUUUGACAGUUGUAGUUUAUUGACAAACAAUACCCGAUUCUCUCAAAUUCUCCUAAUUACAUUCAUAUUCCGUGUCGAAAUGUUAAACUAAUAAAAACCUGUGAUCCAUACAAACUUACUCAAUGGUCUAACUUUAGAAAAUGCCACACAGACGGGAAUAUCGACGCCCCACAACCAGUAGUUUUACUUAUGUUAGUUCAUGUGUGAAGUACUUAAUUUUUGUCCUAAACUUUAUUUUUUGGCUGUUUGGAGGAUUACUCAUAGGGAUUGGCUUGUACGCCUUUGUCGACAAAUGGCAAUUAACAGGAUGGGUGAAACUCGAAAAUGUGUACGAUGUGAUUUUAAACGUAUCCUUAGUCAUGGUACUGAUGGGAGGGGUGAUUUUUAUUGUGAGUUUUGCUGGGUGUGUGGGGGCUCUCAGAGAAAACACCUGUCUGCUCAAAUUUUACUCUUUGUGUCUCCUUAUCUUCUUUUUAUUGGAAAUGGGUAUUGCUAUAAUGGGGUUUGUUUUUCCACACACCAUGCAGUCGAUCCUUGAGGAGAAUUUCACAGAUAAGAUUAUACACACAUAUAGGGAUGACCCAGACUUGCAGAAUUUUAUAGAUUUCGCCCAACAGGAGUUUCGCUGCUGUGGCCUCAGCUCUGAGGGUUACAUGGACUGGUCCAAGAACGAGUAUUUUAACUGUAGUUCCCCCAGUGUUGAGCACUGUGGAGUGCCAUUCUCUUGUUGUAUUAACGCAACUGACAUUAGUUCAGGUCUAGUCAAUAUAAUGUGUGGUUACGGCGUCCAGACUUUAUCAGUGGCUGAAGCGAAUAAGAAAGUUUGGACUUCCGGUUGUAUUGAAAUCGUCCGCUCGUGGGCUGAACGUAAUUUGUACACAAUUGCUGGAAUCGCACUUGGGGUCGCUCUAUCCCAGUUGUUUGUUAUCUAUCUUGCCAAAACACUGGAGGGACAGAUAGAUUUGCAAAAGUCAAGGUGGGCUAGUUGAAAUAUAGGGUAUAUUUGUAAAUAUGACGUACUGCCAUUUUAAACUGUACUGUCCUUUUCAAUGUUUUCUAGUGUAGUAAUGUAAGUCUUAAAAUUUGUUCCAUUAGUUGUGUUUGUUUCGCAUCUGAACUGCUCAGCUCAAAGCUCAAUGUAUGGAGUAGUUAAUUUUUGACUUGGGUAAAGUUGGUACUGCUUUUACCGCCAGUAUACAGUGAGUUUAUUAUUUAACCAAUUUUUGUUUUUUCAGCUGUUUAGAGGGAAAUAGAGUAUAUACUUUUACUGAACAAAAAUAAUCAUUGUGAUCUAUUCAAAUAAUCAUUAGAAAUUAUAUUUGAUAAAUUGUAUAAAUUCCAAUUUUUAUUAAUAUAGUUGUUACAUAAAAAUUGUAUUAGUGUACAAGAAAAUAUAUUUAUAAAAAUAAA